CUGGAUGUUCUCUACUUUACAUCAACUCCCCAAAGCACAACAUGCCUCACAAACAUACCCGCCGGAAAGGCGGCGAUGACUCAAAUUUCAAUCUCGCGCCCUCUACGCUCGCCAAACCGCUGCCAGCCUUUAGCACCUCUACCAGCAGCAAGAAGAAGAAACCGAAGGCGCAAAAGGGCAAGCCAGAUGCCACCGAUAGCGGCUACAAAUAUGACGACACGCCGCGCGCCUUUGCGCGCCUCAUGCAGUUCCAAGCAUCGAAGAAGCGCCCACGAUCGGGACUAGACGACGGCCCUGAAACCAAAGCAGCGAAAAAGCGACGGAUGGCCGAUGGAGCGCAGCAAGGGGCAGCUGAAAUUGUGCCUGCAGUGGAAAAGCCAGCGCCCGAACUCCCCAAGAUCCAGCCGGGCGAACGAUUGAGAGAUUUCGCGGCGCGGGUGGAUCAAACGAUGCCGGUGGGUGGGCUCAAGCGGAGAGGCAAGGCUAAGAUUGAAGGGAUUCAAGAGCGGCAGACGAAAACGGAGAAGAGAUUGCAUAAGAUGUACGCCGCGUGGCGAGAGGAGGACGCGAAGAUCAAAGACAAACUCGAGGAGCAGCGGGAGGAGGAGGAAGAGGCGAAUGCGGAGAUGGAUGGUGGUCAACAACCUCAGAUCGUGGUGGGGAAGAGAAGUAAGAAGAGAAUGCAGGAGGACGAUCCGUGGGGUGAGUUGGUUGCACGGCGAGAGGCGAGGAAGGGACUGCAUGAUGUUGUGCAGGCUCCUCCUACCUUUAAAGCCGUGCCGAAGGAGAAAUUCAAGGUGAAGAAUGGGGCAAAGGUGAACGUGGAGAAUAUCCCGUCGAGUGCUGGUAGUUUGAAGAGGAGAGAGGAGUUGAGCGAGGCGCGGCAAGAAGUCAUUGAGCGCUAUCGUGCUAUGAUGGGCAAGACGGCAGCAGGCAAGUCUGUAUAGCCUUGAACUAGGGUCCCUUGACGGGCAUUUGAAUCUCGAAAAUUGCCUAUUUUCUAAUUCAUCAUACGUAUAUGAUAUGAUCGUUUCAUGUUAUAUCCUUCGCAAUCCGAAUCGUACUCUGUUCGAGGUGAUAAGGCUGGAUCGGCAAGCCGUGCCGAGAUGGCAGUGACGUGAAGUGGAAAAAGGAUCGCAGUUGGACUUUCGACUUUC